GUUUGAUCACUCGCGUGUUUGGCGCUGAGCCAGGCACAGGAGGCGGAAGAACAGCAGGAUGCCGGCCCUCCGGGGGAGUGGCUCGGUGUGGACACGGGGCACAAGUGCAGCCGCGGAGCAGCGUGGACGUGCUGGCCACCCCAGAGGGAAGCGUGCCCCCUCUCUGUGUGGGACCUGCUCGGCCUGGUCCAGGGCCGGGGGCAGAGAAGGGUUUGCGAGAAGAAAGAAGACUUCCCUGUGGUUUGUGGGGUCUCUGCUGGUGGUGUCCAUCUCCAUCCUGACCGUCGGCCUCGCCGCCACCACCAGGACGGAGAACGUGACCAUGGGCGGCUACUACCCCGGGAUCAUUCUGGGCUUCGGAUCUUUCUUAGGAAUUAUUGGCAUCAACCUGGUGGAGAAUAGAAAGCAAAUGGAGCCCAGGCCCCUCACCGCAGGAAGGUGCCAGUUUUACUCCAGUGGGGUCGGCUACCUGCCCAACGUCUACCAGACGGAGGUCACCUGCCACUCCCUGAACGGUAGGUGCCAGCUGAAGGUGAAGAGUAACACCUGCUACUGCUGCGACCUCUACGACUGCCAGAGCGCCGAGCCCCCGCCCACCUACUACGAGUUCGUGGGCGUCCGCGGCUGCCAGGACGUGCUGCACCUGUACCGGCUGCUCUGGGCCUCGGCGGCGCUGAACGUCCUAGGCCUGUUCCUGGGCAUCGUCACCGCGGCCGUCCUGGGGGCCUUCAAGGACAUGGUCCCGCUGUCCCAGCUGGCCUACGGCCCGUCCACAGCGCCUCAGGUCCUCUACAACCCCGCCCAGCAGAUCCUGGCCUACACGGGCUUCUGCCCGGUGCCCCCGGCUGUCCCCACCUGCUCGUCGUACCCGCUGCCCCUCCAGCCCCCUGGCGGCUUCCCGGCCUCACCUGGCUCCGACCUUUCUCUGUCCGAGGGUGUGCAGCCUCCGUCCCAGCCCGGCUCCAGCUGCCGGCCGCCCCCCAACACCCCCCCCCCCAUCUUCGCCCUCACCCACCUCCUCCCCGGGGAGAAGCCUCCGCCCUACGCGCCGUGAUGCAGAGGGUGGAGAUUGAAAACUAGUUUUUGGCUUGUUAGAAAACAGAGCGGCUUCUACGAACCCUGCUUCUGCGGCCAACCUCCUGGAGACGUCCGAGCCCUCCUCCCCUCCCUGGGCACAUCCGGGCAAGGAGAGGCCGGACUGCGGCAGGGAGCGCUGGUGGCCGAGGCCACCUCACCCCGUGUGAGACCACACACCAAGCCGUGCUAAAACUCCCGCCGGAGCUGCCUCGCUCUGCUGGCAUCACUUACAAGACAGUUCCAUUUUCCUCCUAAUUCGUUAUCACUACCAUGAUCAAGGGGAAUGUGGCAGGUGCCCCCGUGUGAGGACCACUCUCGAGGAAGUGCGGUGUGUUUGUACUUAUAUGUGUGUCCCCGGCGAGGGCAGGGUCGCCACCCUCAGCACGGCCCUCCUGGUACACAUUCACUCGAGCGAAAACUUGUCCCAGCUCAAAUAUAAAUGCUGUUUCCAAGGCCUGCGAGUGGUCUGAGGUC